GCUCGAGCUUCCCCAUCCAUCCAUCCAUCGUCAUCCUUGCGCCUUUCCAGCAAUCGUCUACAAUCAAAACUCAAAAACCAUCUUCUCCUACGGAAGAUUCUCCCUUUCUUAUCUUCAAUUUCCUGCUCAUUCUUGCCAAUGGCUUCCAGGCAAUGCGUUCGCGCUUUGGCGCUCAGGCGUGCACCUGUUUUCGCCUCGAGAGUUGCGCCGGUUGUGGGUGGGCAGAUUCGUUUGGCUAGUUCGCGGGGCGCGGCGAGGGGUGUGAUUGGGGGUGUGAGGUGUGGGGUUGUGAGCUCGCGUGAUGCGCAGCAGAAGAGGUGGGAGUCUGGUGCUGCGGGACAGAAGGGGAAUACGGUGUAUGAGUUUGAAGAUGUCCUCAACAUCCUCGAAACACCCUCCUCCUCCCGCCUCCUCAUCGACGUCCGCGAACCACACGAAUACGACGCGAAUACUAUCCCCACCGCCAUCAACAUCCCCGUCUCAUCGCACCCGGAUGCGCUACUCCUCGACGACGCGGCGUUUCUGGAGACGUUCAACUUCGCCAAACCUCCCCUCGGCAAAGAGGUAGUUUUCUUCUGCAAAGCGGGGGUCAGGAGCAGGGCUGCAGCGGGCUUGGCGAGACAGGCCGGGUAUGUGAAUGUGGGCGAGUAUCCGGGGAGUUGGAAUGACUGGCAGAAGAAGGGUGGGCCGGGGACAAAGUCGCCGCCGAGCCCUGGAGGGAGGGGCGAGCCGAAAGAGGGCGUUAGUGAGAUGAAGCCGAGUGCGGAGGCGGAGAGUGGGGUCGAGGAUUUGGGUGCUCAGGGGAGCCCGGAUUAUGCUGAUGGUGGGAUUACGAAGGGGAAGCAGUAGGUUGUGGAC